AAUGGGAAAAACGUCAUCACUUAAGUUGCAGCUAUAGAAACAUAAUUUUCAGAGACAAGUCAAACUGAAUGUUGAAUGAAGAUGGCAGCAGAUUCACUCGAGUUGAGGGUCUUGCUUAGAUCCCUGAAUAAAGUUUUCAACUCUAUGACUCUAAGACAGUGUACAUUCCUGCACCAAAUCUUCACAAAAGAACAAGCUGAUGAAUGUCUUGCUUCUUUCAUGGAGAGUUUUUUUGAAAAUGAUAAGUUUAAAGGUCUACUCGAGAAAUCCACAGACAAAAGCAGGGAAGCACAGGAGUUGUUAUACAAAACUGCAGAGGAAAACAUGAGAAAUUUGAUCAAUCGGGCUCUUGCAAGAAACGUUAGAAUACAAAAUGAAUUCAGACGACAGUUUAUAGUCCAGCAUCCAUUGUCCCAACAACUCACGGCAGAACAAGACGCACAAACGACAGCCAAGGUCAAACAGCGUCAAGCAGAGAAACUGGACUUACAACAGGCAUUGAGCAACACAGCUUCAGAAACCGUUGAAGAUUUGUUCCAAAGUGCCGCUAACAAUUAUGCAAGAUCAAGCAGUGGUGAACAAAGAACAGGGUUAGUCAAUGAAAAGAAAGAAUCAUCAUUAAGGAGAAGAUGGAGAAAAUUUUUCCGCCGUGUUGAUAGAACAAAAGAGCAGCAAAAGAAAGACAAGCCAACUGGGUUGUUUUCACGACUGCGCCGCUCAUUAAACCUUCGAUAAUGUUCAUCUUUGAAGUUUCAUAAAUUAAUUCUUAAAGUUAAAUGUGAAGCUGUAUUAAUGUAUCCAGUCAUAGAACAGACAUAUGAUACUAUAUAAUGUAUUCGAAGAAUUUUAAGUACAUCAAUAAAACUUGAAUGUAUUACAAAGGCA